UUGUUUUGUAUCAGAGAAUAGGUUAAUUCAUCAAGAAAAUAAUUGAAUUAGCCUGAGUGAAUGAGUGAGCUAAUGCUAUAAUCAAGGAAAAUAGAGCUUGAUUAUAAUUAUUUUGAAAAAGUAUUGUGAGAAAUACCGGAGAAGCAGAAGCCGAUAGUGGUACGCCCUAGGCGUUGUGUUGUUUGGAAGUGCUGAACGGUGCGAGAAAUCCAAAGUGCUCGUGGGUUGUACUGAGGGAGGGUGAUUUUCCAAUCCAUCUAAUCAAAAUAUAAUAAAGCAACGGCGAGGGAAAACAUAGAUAUGGGCAAAUUAAGCAAUUACCGCUUCGCUGUUAUGAUGCUGCUCGUCCACAUUGGCGCAGUUUUCGGUAAACUCGAGCCGAUCCGCCACAAGUGGUCGAGGUCGGAGAUAAUGGAUGGCAACGGAUUGUACCUGUUGGAGUGGAAGGUUGACCAGAAGGAUAUCGUGUUAACGGUGACGGUCAACACACGUGGAUUCAUCGGUCUAGGAUUCUCAUACAAGAGUGAACGGAUGAGCGGUUCGGAUUUGGUACUAGCUUGGGUAGACGACCGCACUGGCAAACCAAACAUACUGGACUGCCACGGUGGUAAGGAUAGCCGACAGGCACCGAUUCAGGAUGACACGCAAAAUUACCUGGUGGAAAGUGGAUACCAAAAUCUGACGCACACCUCCGUCACGUUUCGACGCCCGCUGGAGACGUGUGAUCCACAUGACGUGAUUAUUGGGACUGACACGAUGAAGGUUCUCUGGUCCUACGGCGAUCGGGAUCCGGUUCAUGGUGAUGUGAAGGAUCACGGAAAAAACCGGGGUGCCCGCUCCAUCCACUUUCUUGGACCAUCGUUCAAAAAGCCCUCGGACCCGCAACUGAGAAACGACAUGCGCCAGUGGGAUGUUACGGUGAAGAAUGUCUCAAUCGACGCCAGUAUGGACACGCUCUACUGGUGCAAAAUCUUAAAAGCUCCUACCCUAAGGGAAAAACAUCACAUCAUAGGAUACGAGGCAAUACUGACCAAAGAGAGCUCUACGAAACAACCGCUGGUACAUCAUAUGACUCUGUUCGAGUGCUCUCCAAAUUCCUAUCCCGGAUCCGACCCAAACUCGUGGGAUGUGUGGGUUAAAAGCAGCGGAGCAGUUUGUAACAGUAAUCUACUUACUCCACGCGAUUGGGAUUCCUGUAUAACACCAGUAGCAACGUGGGGAGUAGGCGCUUCGGGACAAUUCCUUCCAGAGCACAUAGGUAUUCCAAUUGGGGGUAACAAAGGAGGUGCAAAAUAUUAUAUGCUAGAAGUGCACUACGAUAAUCCACGGGCUAAACGAGUCUUGGACCAUUCGGGGUUUAGAAUGCACUACACAAGACAUGUACGGCAGUACGAUGCAGGCAUGAUGAUUUCUGGAGUUUCCAUUUCCGACACUCAAAUGAUUCCACCGGGACAAAAACUAUAUCGGAAUGUGGGAAUUUGUGGUCCUUCGUGUACGGGAGCAGUGUUUCCAGAGGAUGGAAUAAAUAUUGUAUCAGCAGCAUUACAUUCCCAUGUUGCUGGCCGUAAAAUGAAGCUUAGACACGUGCGAGAUGGAAAGGAACUUCCACGGAUAGUAGAAGACGAUAACUAUGAUCACAAUUUCCAGCAAAUUCGUCAAAUGGAGAAUGAAACUACAAUCCUACCAGGGGAUUAUCUGAUUACGGACUGUGCUUACGAGACAAUCGGCAGAAAGCGACCAACGUUGGGUGGUUAUUCCACGAAGCAGGAAAUGUGUCUCUCGUUUAUCACAUACUACCCUAAGAUCGAUCUCGCCGGUUGCUACAGUAUGACCCCCGUGAAAGAAUUCUUCGAAACAUUUGGGGUGUUCCAGUUCUAUUCGAUGAAUAUGACCGACGUAGAGAAUCUAUUUCUCUACAAUGGAAACAUUCUUGAUUUGCUUCCUACCACCGUUUUCCCCAAUUUUGCUCCGGGAGGAGAUAUUGACGACGAACAGAAUCAGAUCGCCAUCAAGGCGCUUCAAAAUGCGAAAGAGUACAGCAUCAUAGAUGAGGAAGACAUCCUCUACAAAGAAUCGAUUCUGAACAAACUGAUCAUCUCGGAUCCAGUAGAAUUCCACGAUCGAACGUUUCUGUCACACCUGAAUCAACUACCUUGGCAGGAGCCGCUAUUCACCAGACGAGUCGAGCAAAGCAUUCUUACUGGGAAGCACAUGACGUUCUGCAGGGUCUCGAAUGAAUCCAUUUCUGUGGCUGCCGAAAUAUUCAAAUACCCUUCCUUCGAAGCGUUCGUCAAACCACCAAGCCACUGCCCAUAUCACCUCUUCAUGGAGUUCAACCAAUCGUCAAGCGCGAGAAAAAUAUCCAGCACGAAGGCUCUGGUACUACUGCUGCUGUUAGUCAUUCGUCGCUACCUUUGAAGCGAAUUCCAGCACGAUGCCAUCCUUGACAAUUUCCAAUUGGUUCAACCAUCUGAAAAUGUUUACCCUCUUUUAUGUUUAAGAACCUUCCCUGUUCUAAUUUAUUGUCCUUUUAAUUGCCCA